AUGGACACGCCAGAGAGGAACCAGAUCAGUGCUACCCUCUCUAAGUUUGAGGAUUCACCUGUUUUCAACUAUAUCAAUAGUUUGUCUCCUAUAAAGCCAGUUAAAUCUGUUCCCAUUAGUCAAACUUUCAAUUCACUGAGCUUUUCAUCCCCUCCAUCGGUUUUCACGUCACCCCAUGUCAGCUGUCUCAAGGAAUCUAGAUUCCUCCGAAGACAUAACCCGUUGGGCACAUCAAAGCCUAAGGUUUCUUCUGAAGAUGUAAAUAAAGUUCACUCAAGUGAAGAGACUCUUGCAGAUUCUACACCUGAACAUCAUAAUAACUCAAGUGGAUUGCAGGAAAACGGUGAUAAAGGGAUUUCAGUAAGAGAUGCUCCAAUUGAGAUAUCUAGUGAACACAUAAAAUUCUCAGUUGAGCUAUCGCAAGAUUUAAAGUAUAAUUGUGGUAGCCCUGGCUAUGCCCCUCCACUUUGUGGUGAUGAGGCCAACUCUCUUUUGGAAUUGCCUGGUGUUCAGGAAGGUUGCAAAACAGAUUCAGUUGAGGGUGAAGUGCAUAUUCAGGAAAUGUGUCAGAUGGAGCCAAAGAGUGAAGGUCCAGAGUGUUAUUGGGAUGGUUUGAUUCCUGAUGCUCCUGAUAUGCUCAUCUUUAGUCCCCCAGGUGAAGCAGAAGCUUUUAAGGGUCUAAUGCACAAACCGUUGAACGAUAUUAUGUCUAUGCUACCGCAUUCUACCAUGCACAAUGGUAGGAAAAUGCACAUUGUUGAUUCGGUUGCUUCUGGUUCUGAACAUGAAAUUGAGCCAAUAACAGCCACAGCCACAGACGAAAUACAGAAUAAUCUUGCCAAUGUUGCUUUGGUGACUAGCAAUCCAAAUGAGAAAGCAAACGACCAGCUUGUUUCUGUCACACACCGUGCCAUACGAAGGCGCUGUCUAGACUUUGAGAUGGCCAAUGUGCAAAGGAAGAACUCUGAUGAUAAUUCAAACACCGGUUCUAGUACAUCUGAGUCUGAUGGAAGGAAUGUUGCUAAUGAAAAGCAACUUCUUCCAACGAAACGCAGUGGGAAUUUACAAAAGGGAAAUUUGCCAGGAAUUGGUCUACACUUGAAUGCAAUUGCUGCCUUAAAAGAUUACAAGGGCAUACAAAUUGAAAAAUUGUCUUCCGGAAGACAACUCAAUCUUCCCAACUCCACUUCUUUGCAAAUCUCUACAAGCCAGGAACAUCAGCAUCUAGCAUUGGUACCUUUAUCAUCCGAAGGAGACUUGGACUUGGAUCCAUUAGACAAUGGGGUUCAGCCUGCUGAAGAUUGUUCCCAGCCAUUAGCUUACAUGGCUAGUGAAGACUUCAAUCAGAAUAGCCCCAGAAAGAAAAGGCGUAAGCUGGAGACACCUGGAGAAACUGAGGGCUGUAAACGCUGCAAUUGCAAGAAAUCAAAGUGUUUGAAGCUUUAUUGUGAGUGCUUUGCUGCUGGUGUCUACUGCAUAGAACCCUGCGCCUGUCAGGAUUGCUUCAACAAACCUAUCCAUGAAGACACUGUUCUUCAAACUCGCAAGCAGAUUGAAUCUCGUAACCCGCUUGCAUUUGCUCCUAAAGUCAUCAGAAGUUCUGACACUGUACCUGAAAUUGGGGAUGACCCUAACAAAACACCAGCUUCAGCACGACACAAAAGAGGAUGCAACUGCAAAAAAUCAAGCUGCCUAAAGAAAUAUUGUGAAUGUUAUCAGGGUGGUGUUGGUUGCUCCAUUAGCUGCAGAUGUGAAGGGUGCAAGAACGCUUUCGGUAGAAAGGAUGGUUCUGUUCCUGUAGGCUUAGAAACCGAGACAGAAGAAGCAGAAGCAUCUGACAAGGGUCUGGCAGAAAAAGCAUUACAGAAAACUGAAGAUCAUCAUGAUUCUGCUACUGUGUCAACACCAUUACGGCUUUCCAGGCCAAUGCUUCCAUUGCCCUUUUCAUCAAAGGGAAAGCCACCAAGAUCUUUUGUUACAACCAUAUCUGGCUCUGCAUUAUUUGCCUGCCAAAAGCUUGGGAAAUCAAAUUCUCUUUGGUCUCAAGAAGCUAGUAAGCAUUUUCAAACUGUCCCCGAUGAUGAAAUGCCAGAUAUUCUCCGAGGUGAUAGCUCUCCUAUCGCAUGCUCUCCUAUCACAUGCAUCAAAACAUCUUCUCCAAAUGGCAAGAGAAUCUCCUCUCCUAACUGUGACAUGGGAUCGUCUCCUAGUCGCAGAGGUGGCAGAAAGUUGAUAUUACAAUCCAUUCCUUCAUUUCCUUCUCUCACCCCUCACCCUUAG